AUGCCAAACAAAUCUUCCCUGACUACCAAAUUGAAUAACUUGCCAUCAAUAUCCAUACAGACUAUUUUGUUUAGAUUGAACGAUAAAGAAACUCUCAACAUAAUUCUCGCAACAUCAAGAACUGAACCAUUUGAAGUGUUCUCGCAGAAACAAAUAAAAGUAGCCAAUGAAUUAGCUAAAGCCACAAAGAAAUCAACGUUCCAUGCGUGCACCGGAACCCUGAAAACUCUAAUCCACACUACUCUUCCAUCGUCUACUUCAUCCUCGUUCCACUUUCUUACCUCUGAGAAUCAUUGUUUCCACCAUGUUUCCCUCUCUCCUAUCAAGUCUUUGAUUACUCCUUCCUCUGAUUCUUCCAAUAAGCACAGGUUUGCACCCAACGUUGUAACCUUGAUCACAAAUAACCCUCCAUCUCAAAAUAUGUUUGGAUAUUGUAAGCUGAACCAUGAAUUAUGA